CGUAGAGACCCGCGACAAGGUAUCAAGGCAUAUAUACUACAUACAUUCGUCAUUCUAUAACCCAAGAUGGUUGCAAACACCAGACCACAAACAUUAGCCGGCAAAGUCGCCAUUGUGACAGGCGCAACGAGAGGAAUCGGCGCUGGGCUGGCUGAAGAAUUAGCCCGUCGAGGAGCUAAAGUCCUGAUAACAUACACAUCAGCAAGCAGCGAAUCCGUCGCUGACCAAAUGAUCGAGAGAAUCGAAAGUUUCAACAACGGCGCCACAGCAGCCAAAGUCCGCGCCGAUCUGCGCGAUCUAUCCGCUGGACAAACGAUCGUCGAAGCCUCGAUGCAAGCAUUCGGCCCUAACAUCGAUAUACUAGUUAACAACGCCGGCGUGGAGGUGGUAAAGCCCCUUUGUGAUCUUACAGUGGAAGACUACAACCUCGUUUACGACCUCAACGUCCGCGGCGCUAUCUUUCUAACCCAGGCUGUUCUCCCACAUCUGCGCGCACCCGGUCGAAUCAUCAAUAUUAGUUCCGUCGGUGCACGGGCCGGAUUCGCCAAUCUGUCGAUUUAUUGCUCGUCCAAGGCUGCCUUGGAGGGCUUGACGCGCUGCUGGGCUGCGGAGCUGGGGAAUACCGGGCAUACGGUGAAUGCUGUUAACCCGGGGCCGGUGCAGACGGCUUUACUGGAGAAUAUUCCCAGGGAAUUGGUGGAGAUGCAGAAGUCUGUUACGCCGGUUGAGCAUCGGGUUGGGACUAUUGAUGACGUUGCGCAGGUGGUUGCUUGGCUUGCGUCUGAGGAGAGUCGGUGGGUUUCGGGACAGGCGAUUUCUACUUCUGGGGGCUUCGCGAUGUAUUGAUUCUUGGGCGGGUUGGGUGAUGCAGGUGGUAGAUUGAAG